AUGAGCUAUAAUAACAACAAAAGCCAAGAGGAAUUAGGACUUCCUCGUGCUACAGCCAGUUUAAAUGUUAAAGGUCUGAAACAUAGUCAAAAUAAUAGUAAUUUAAAUUCUACAUCAGUACAGCUUGCUUACAAAACUAUGGAUCCAGGGAGACAAACAGCCGCUAACGAUAACAAUGAUAUAUUGGUUGACGAACCUAAAAGUAACAGUAAUAGUGCUAUUAGUGUUAAUAAUGUAUCCAGUGGAAGUUCCGGUAAGAUUGUUCAUAGUAGUAACAAUAAAAACAAUAAAAAUAGUAGGACUAGUAAAAUCAGUGCAUCCCUAGACGAGCCGAUUCAAUUUACAAGGGUUUCCUCAUCUUCUCUAUUAAGUUCAAGUUCUUAUGAUUCUGAACUUGAUGAUACUCCUGAAAUUUUGAAUAGGAAUGGUAACAAGCAACUUAGACAAAGUGUAGAUAGUAACAACCUGUCGUUUUUGCCAAUCAACAAUAGUAAUACUAAUGUUGCGUUUAACAUCACGGAACAAUCAACAAUAAUAGAAACGAAUAGAUCGUCUAUAGAGGGAUCCUUAAGAACAUCAAAUAAGAACAAUAUUCCCAACAAUCAGUUUGAUCAGGAAACAGAAGCUGAUGGAAUAAAUGUGGAUUUUCUUGUUGAAACUUUGGAUGGUUUAAAUGAAGUUACUAGUCCCCUUGAUGAGGAUGAUUGUUCCAUCAAACAACGAAUAAGCACACCGGAAAAGAAAUCGGGAAAUAAUACCACUAAAAACAAGAACUCAACUUUCUAUGACUCGCCAUUAAAUGAAAUUUUAUCGUCAAGUGAAAGUUUUAAUGGGCUGGAUAAUACCACUACCAAUCACUCUAAAGACUCUUUUAAAAGGAAAAAGGAGAAGCUCACUAAUAAAGAUGUUUUGGCCGAAAAAAGUGGCAGGAAUAGUACAAGUAGUAGAUCUAGUGGCGGAAAGAACCCUAAGACAACUUCCUCGGCAUAUAAUCAUUCACCCACAACAAUACUAACGAAAACCCCGUUAGUAAAUCAGAGUUCCGGGUUUAGGAAGAGCUGUCAAGAGUUCAAUGGUCAUCAGAAUCCGAAUUUAACCCCAACGCCUAAAAAUGGAAUUUCUCCGUCUACGUAUUUUAGAUCUACUUCUUCGCCAUCUCCGUUCAAUUCUGUGAGAAAAAACAGUACUAACGGUGGAAAUUCAAAUAAUAUUAACCACAAUUCAUCAAGGCAGGUUUCCUCUUCAUCUGUUUCUUCUUCUUUGAAUAGUCCUUCUUCAAAGUCCAAUUCAUUUAACACGAGCUUUGGGACUUUGAAUAAUAGCAAUAGUAGUAGUAAUAAUAAUAAUAAUAAUAAUAAUAAUAAUAGUAGUAGUAGUAGGAAAAGCAGUCAUAGUAAAAAAAAUAGUAUUAUAAACAACACCAGUAAUAUAAAUAAUGGAAGUAUGGGUAGUGGCAUUAAUUCAACAAGUAGCAAAGUUAAGGGCGUUUUUAGUUCUUUUGUCAGUAACAUGAAAAGAAAUUCAGGUAGUAAUAAUAGUAGUAAUAAUAGUAGUUACAAUGGUAGCAAUAAUAAUAAUAAUAGUAAUAAUAGUAAUAAUAAUUCACAGAAUGGCGGCAAUAAUGAGAAACGAAGAGGUAGCGGAUUAAAGAUAUCUGGACCUUAUAAUGCCAAGCAUGUUCACCAUGUUGGUGUUGAUGACAAAACAGGGGAAUACACAGGCUUACCUGAUGAAUGGGAAAGACUCUUAACAUCUAGUGGUAUUACUAAGAAAGAACAAGAGCAAAAUCCUCAGGCAGUAAUGGAUAUUGUUAAAUUCUACCAAGAUGUUACAGAAAAUAGCGGCGAUGACAAAGUUAUUAAAACAUUUGAUGUAAAUCAUAUUGGUACUAAAACCCAAGAUAAAAUCCCUACCGCAAAACCAUUAUAUUCGAAGAAAGCUACCAACGGUACAUUUGAGAAUAAACUAAAAACCCCCGAGCACAAGACAUUUAAAACUUCAUCGCCAUUAAAAUCUACAUUAUUGCAGCAACAACAGAAUCAUUCUAGUUCAUCCCCUUCUCUGUUGAAAAAUGAAGAAAGUAUUAGUAUGCACAGUAGUAAAUUUAUUCCAUCCAGACCCGCACCAAAGCCACCAUCUAGCGCACAUCCUCCAGCUUCAGUUACAUCUCCGUUAACCAAUAUCCCCAAAAUGUCAACCCGUUCAAGCUCCUCAAAUCAGCUAGUAGAUUUGAUUAGUGUUUCAAGAAAUGGCAGUCUGAAGCAAACCUCCGGCUCCUAUGAUACGAGACUAGAUAUACCUGGUACCGGUUCAAACAUAUCGCCCAUAAACAAUAAUCAUAAUAUUCUACCUCCUAAGGUUGAGAACACCAUUACAGAGCUAAAAGAGUUGAAACUCGUCCAAGAACAUAAAAAGGUAUUUUCUGAUCAACGAUUAGUCACUCCAGAAAGUUCGCCUUCAAAGCCAGCGACUGACGGCUCUACUAUUACGCCAAAAGUUGUACAAGAACUCAAGCAACAAAAACACUUAACGCCACCUAUUCCAAAAGUUGAUGCCACUACAUUGUUAUCUGUAAAUGAACAAGAUGCUAUAUUAGCUGCUAAAAGGGAAGCCAAGGCAAAAUCUGCGGAAAGAAAGAGAAGACAGAAAGAAAAGAAGGAUAAAGAAGUGUAUUCCAAAUUACUUGACAUUUGUUCGGAUGGUGAUCCAAGUACAAUGUAUAAGGGUUUAAUAAAAGUUGGUCAAGGUGCCUCUGGCGGUGUUUAUACUGCUUAUGAAGUUGGUACAAAUGCUUCGGUUGCCAUCAAACAAAUGAAUUUAGAAAAACAACCAAAGAAAGAUUUAAUAAUCAAUGAAAUUAUUGUGAUGAAGCAGAGCAAACAUGGCAAUAUCGUUAAUUUUAUUGACUCUUAUUUAUUAAAGGGAGAAUUGUGGGUUAUUAUGGAAUAUAUGGAAGGUGGCUCUUUAACUGAUGUGGUGACGCAUUGUAUAUUAACAGAAGGCCAGAUUGGUGCUGUUUCGAGGGAAACUCUAAAGGGAUUGGAAUUUUUGCAUUCAAAAGGUGUUAUUCAUAGAGAUAUCAAGUCCGACAAUAUUCUAUUGAGUAUGAAUGGUGAUAUUAAAUUGACGGACUUUGGUUUUUGUGCACAAAUUAAUGAAAGCAACUUGAAAAGAACCACUAUGGUUGGUACCCCUUACUGGAUGGCACCUGAAGUUGUUUCUAGAAAAGAGUAUGGUCCAAAAGUUGAUAUAUGGUCUUUAGGUAUUAUGAUUAUAGAAAUGAUUGAUGGUGAACCACCAUAUUUGAACGAAACUCCCUUAAGAGCUUUAUAUUUGAUUGCUACCAAUGGUACACCUAAGUUGAAGGACCCUGAAAGCAUUAGCCAGGAUUUGACUGCAUUUUUAGGCUGGUGUCUUCAAGUUGAUCCAGAAAAAAGAGCUACUGCGGGUGAACUAUUAAAUGAUCUUUUCAUUACAGAUAAAGCAGAUAAUAAUAAGUCUCUAGCUCCAUUAGUUAAAUUAGCCCGUAUGAAGAAAAUCCAAGAAACUUUAGACGAUGAUGAAACUGAAAAUUGA